ACCCUGCCUCCUGCCUUCAUGGCUGCUCCCAUCCUGCCUCCUGCCUCCAUGGCUGCUCCCUCCCUGCCUGCUGCCUCCCUGGCUACUAACAUCCUGCCUGCUCCCUCCCUGCCUGCUACCCCCCUGGCUGCUCCCUCCCUGGUAUCUUAAGAAAAUCAAUGUAUCUGCGUUUUGUCCCACUUCACUGACCAUCCAUUGUGAUGCUCAUUUUUGUUUAUUUAUUUUUAGGCUGUGGAUGACUCUGGCAUGCCGGGCUUAGACAGAGUAGACAGCUUGGCUGAGUGUUUGGUGGAGCUGAGGAACCAGUCCUCUCUGGCCCUCACCAACCAGCAGGUAAGCAACAUUGUUGCUCUGUGGCAGAACCUGCUGGACUACGACCAGCAGAGGGUUACCUUUGCUGCCAGACACCAGAGCAGGCUGGACACAGGGAGGUUCAGGUCUCCAAAGAAGAGGCAGGAGUUCACUCCAGGGGUGGAGAGCAUGAAGAGGCACGCACUCACCACCACUGCCCCGCUUGCCCAAUGGCCUGAUUGCUGCCGCCUGAUUGAACUGAUCUUUGUCAGGCUCUGUGCCAUCCAUCGCUCUCCCAAGAAGAAGGGGACUGGUGCAGUGUCCAGAUGGAGUUUAAUCCUGGAUGACUACAGGAAAAUCAGGCAGCGCAUUUUAGCAAAUGGGACGGUCAUGCAGCAGACCACACUGCAGCUGGUGGAUGUAAGCCACACCACCCUUGUGCAGUGGCACAACAAGAGGGUGAAGAAGCAGGACAACGCUGUGGUUAUGCAGGGGCUGAACUUGCCCAGUCGCUUGUCUGCGGCAGCCAACCCACUCCCUCCUGCUAAUGUGCGCCUUCCAUCUGCGCUCCCCCACCCAGGCCCGGCUCUCCAGUACCAACUGCCCUGCAGCACCGUGGGCCAGGCGCGGUUGAAAAGAAAGGUCCCGCCCACAGAUGUAACACCGGUUGCUAUAAAGAUGCAUGCCCAGCGUCAGCUCUUCCCUGCUCCACCCUCGGCCCCUCGUCUGUUGGUGCUGGCUCCGGUGACCUCACAGGUGCCUGUCCUCGUCGCUGCUCCACAGGCCCUGGGAGGUAUCUUCCCUGCACCCCCUGCUCCGGUCCGAAAACUAACCCGCCAUGUACUCCACAACACAUGCAAGAAAUGCGGGCAGUUCAGGACAGCCCAGACUGGACACAGUCAGUACAAAGGAACUGUGUACUGCCCCUCUGUAGAGGCUGUUCCCAAGGAGCAAUGGUUGGAGGACAUGAAACAAAAGUAGAUGCCCCUCUACCCCCCUCCCAGAGGCAUGGACGCUGGGCUAGUGCCCCUCUACCCCCCUCCCAGAGGCAUGGACGCUGGGCUAGUGCCCCUCUACCCCCCUCCCAGAGGCAUGGACACUGGGCUAGUGCCCCUCUACCCCCCUCCCAGAGGCAUGGACGCUGGGCUAGUGCCCCUCUACCCCCCUCCCAGAGGCAUGGACGCUGGG